AUGAGGCUCUCAGACGCUGGUAAAGAAGCAGAGCAAUUAUCUUGUCGUCGUCUUCAGCUAAAACAUGUCCCUCUGAAGCUUACGGGUCUGUUUCCCGCUAUCCUGAACCUCGCCAGCAAUGCCGAAAUCACCACGAACGCCUCCUGUGGCGACCCGCUUCCCGAGAUGUUCUGUAAACUGGUGGAGCACGUUCCUGGAAGACGAAUCCGUAACCCUCAGUGUCGGAUCUGUGAUGCAAACAGCCAGAAUCCCAAAGAGCAACAUCCCAUUACUAGCGCCAUCGACGGCACCAACCAGUGGUGGCAGAGCCCGAGCAUCAAAAACGGCCCUCAGUUCCACUGGGUCACCAUCACUCUGGACUUACGACAGGUCUUCCAGGUGGCGUACAUCAUCAUCAAAGCGGCGAACUCUCCGCGGCCCGGGAACUGGGUUCUGGAGCGUUCUCUGGACGGAGUGGACUUCCAGCCGUGGCAGUACUACGCCACCAGCGACACCGAGUGUCUGACCCGAUACAACAUCACGCCCCGCAUCGGGCCGCCCACCUACAAGAGAGACGACGAGGUCAUCUGCACAUCCUACUACUCACGCCUGGUGCCGCUGGAGCACGGCGAGAUCCACACGUCUCUCAUAAACGGCCGACCCAGCGCAGAUGAUCUGACCCCAGAGCUGCUGGAGUUCACCUCCGCUCGCUUCAUCCGGCUGCGUCUGCAGAGGAUACGAACGCUCAACGCCGACCUCAUGACCCUCAGCUACCGUGACCCCAAAGACGUGGACCCCAUCGUCACCCGACGGUAUUAUUACUCCAUCAAGGACAUCUCGGUGGGCGGGAUGUGUAUCUGUUAUGGCCACGCCCAGAGCUGCCCCUGGGACCCUGUGACCAAGAAGCUGCAGUGUGUGUGUGAGCACAACACUUGUGGCGAGAGCUGUAAUGAGUGUUGCCCUGGAUACCAUCAGGAGCCGUGGCAACCUGGAACGCUUUCCGAUGGAAACACAUGCGAGAAAUGUAACUGUCACAACAAAGCUGUCGACUGUUACUACAACCAGACGGUGGCAGAUCUGCGGCUGAGCGUGAACACACUCGGUCUGUUUGUGGGAGGAGGAGUGUGUGUGAACUGCUCGCAGAACACAGCGGGAGUGAACUGCCAAACCUGUGCGGACGGAUACUACAGACCACACCAGGUGUCUCCGUACGCUGAUAACCCAUGUGUCGAGUGUCAGUGUAACACGAGAGGUUCUGCGAGUCCCGUGUGCAUCAGAGACGAUAAUCACGCGAACUCCGACGCAGGUCUGUCCGCCGGUCAGUGUUUGUGUAAGGAGGGUUUUGCGGGUGAGAAGUGCGACCGCUGUGCGUUCGGAUUCAGGGAUUUCCCACAAUGCACUCGCUGCGAGUGUAACCUGGCUGGAAGCCACAACGUCGACCCCUGCAGCGAGUGUGUGUGCAAGGUGAAUGUGAUGGGCUCUAGCUGUGAUCUGUGUAAGCAGGGCUUCUAUAACCUACAGGACAGUAAUCCUGAGGGCUGCACCGAGUGCUUCUGUUUCGGAGUCUCAGAUGUGUGUGAGAGCUCCACCUGGUUCACCAGCUCGCUGACGUCAUAUGGAAGCUUCUUGAACUACAGCGUUGCUUAUGACACAUCUGAGGAAAACGUGGACAAAACGCUUCAAGCUCAUUUCAGCGUAAUUAUUGAGGGAAACGGGCGGAUGUUGCGUCAGGCUCGGUCCGCUCGUCUGCUGCUGAACGCUCACACGGAGCAGCGCGUCUCGCUCCAGAUGCUGCCGCACACGCUCAGAGACGCUCGCAGCGGGAGCCGCGUUCAGAGAGACGAGCUGAUGACGGUGCUGGCGGACGUCGCUGCGCUCAGGGUUCGAGUUCAGCUGGAGGACAGCGCCGAGGGAACGCUCAGGUCACACAGAGAUUCACUUCAAACCGGCCUCACAUUCACCAUUUAUAACUUCAUCACAUAG